AUGACCCUCAAGCGCAAUAUCAGCCAGGGCAAGAAAGUUCGUUUUGCUAAGCCGCCUGCUAAAGCAACUGAUACCCCGGCUACGAGCCGACAUGAAACAAAGAAUGAGCCCCGUGUUUACUUCGCGUUUGGGAGUAAUCUUAGCCUGCAGCAAAUGGCCGAAAGAUGCCCAUGGAGCACAUUUCUCGGCAGAGGGCGGCUUCAGGGCUAUCGUUGGCAAAUCAACGAGCGCGGAUACGCCAACGUCGUCCCAUCGCCGGGGAAUGUAGUGGAAGGGCUCUGUUACAACUUGGACGAGCUGGAUGAACCGCGCCUAGAUAAGAAUGAAGGCGUGCCGAUAGCGUAUGAGAAGCAUAUGCUUGAGAUUGAUCUAUAUUUGCCAGAUAACGGCUCAAGGAAACAACAUGGAAAUGGCAAUGGUGAAAAGAAACGACGAGUCAAGGCCUUGGUGUACCUUAGCCCGCGCUAUACUCUUGACUCCAACCCUCGAGAGGAGUACGUCGAACGGCUAAGGCGAGGAGCCACAGAUGCCCUGGCGCGCGGAGUUUCCAGCCAAUACAUCAACGAUACAAUCUUCCCAGUCUUGAAGGGCAAGUCUUCCCGCAAGUCUCGCAACUCUCCAUGCAAUUCUCCGCGCAACGAUCAAACUAAGACGGGGACAUCCGCAUCAUCCAAAGCCCGUGCGAAGGCAGAACCAACCAAGAAUCAACAAUCUGGACGAGAAUGUCGGCCUAAACGACGUACUUCUUCGUCGUCGAUAAAUCGUACACGGAAACUCAGUUCCAAAUUUUGUGAGCCGCAUCUGCUAUGCAAUCCACACCAGGUACUUAUGUCGGAGAUGAUCGAUUCUGCAAAGGCGCAGAUCCGCGACAUGAAACGGAUGCACCAUGAUGCCAUGAGUCGCCUAUGCUAUUGUUCGAUAUGUCAUAGCAAAAUAACCCUGCCAUGA